AUGGGACCUAACAACUUCACCAGAGUGUGUAUUACAUACCUGCGUACAUGUGAGCUUAUUGCCUUUGCUCGACUUUCUUUAGCCUCAGUCCUCCACAUGCCAUCCCGAAGCAUUCUCCCUCAGACGUACCGUUGCGAUCAUCUUUGGGAACAACGGUUGGCCCAUGACUCGUUCAAAAGUGUCUCUGCACGUGAUCUGGGACUUUCGAUUUUGCAUACGAUAGAUUCAGGUGGCUCUGCGUCUCCAUUGGAUUAUGAUAUAUUCGCCAACAAACUACACGAACUAGACGCCAUUUCAACCGACUUCAUAGAGUCAAUCAUCAAAAAGUAUUCAAAAACCCAAUCUGCAAUCCAGGUAGUUGAUUCCACGGCACAUGCCAUUGUUCGUGGAUACUUGGGUUUUCAGCGUCACGAAAAAAUUCUGGAGUUACUUCGAGAACGAGCAUACACUGGUGUUUUUCUGGACGAGGUCUCGGCAAACUUGUUAUUGGAUCAUUUUGUGGAUGCUCAAGAAUGGUCUGCUGCGACUGAAGUUGUUUGGGAACUUUGUUUGCAGGAAUACUUUCAAUCUGCAGCUUCUAUUAGCCCCGUCACUGUAGCGCUUGCUUUGCAUGCCAGCAAGCAACUCAUUCAGGUUGGUUUAGCUGAAUGUACAUCCACAGACUCAUCUGCGGACAAUGCCGAUGAAGA